GUUCUCCAUUGUCUCUCGAGGAUAGAUCAGUAGCACCACGGGCUACCCAAGUGUUCUCCAUUGUGUCUCGAGGAUAGAUCAGUAGCACCAAGUCUACCCAAGUGUUCUCCAUCGUGUCUCGGGGAUAUAUCAGUAGCACCAAGUCUACCCAAGUGUUCUCCAUCGUCUCUCGGGGAUAUAUCAGUAGCACCAAGUCUACCCAAGUGUUCUCCAUCGUCUCUCGAGGAUAUAUAAGAACCAUUACAAGAUCACUACAGAAAAUCGCUAUACAUCAUGACCACAAAUGAAUCCUCAAGAGAUCCCACUGACUUGAGAACCAUAUCCAAUCCAUCUAAUGUCUCCCAUGGCAGUGUUCGUCAUUCCUAUAUCUCUGUCAUCGAUAUGAAUAGUACUGAGCAGCUGCCAGAUGUGGUCAGUUGGAACACCAUGAAUGAUGAACCUGAACACUAUUACGAUACGAUUGGGAGUCUUCAAAGGGAUAAAAACAGAUACACUAUAUCAAUGACCAGCGAGGAUAAUUCCAGCGGUCAGUCUUUGCCUCCAUACAUCGUGUUCAGUCACCUUCAGCAGUCUGCGACACUGCCUCUGGCUCCAGGGAGCCGACGGUUGUCUUGGAAACGGUGCUUGUUGGCGGGACUAGUGGUAGCAGUUGUAAUGGCCCUCCUGGCGGCGCUUGUAGCAGUGACCGCAGUUCUUCUCACACAUCAAGCAAAAAACAAGGGGGAAGACGUUACACUGCCAACACCACAAUCAACAUUCCCCUCGAGUACAACCAUGAAUGUUUCCACUAUUUCUACAUCCGUCGCUUCCACAACGACAUUACUUUCUUUCUCGACAACGACACCAUCGUCUGUUACACCAUCUACAACGACACCAUCGUCUGCUACACCAUCUACAACGACACCAUCGUCUGCAACACCAUCUACAACGACACCAUCGUCUGCUACAUCGCCAGGUUGUAUGCGGAAGUGCAUUUCGUGCACAACUUACAACACCCGGUGUCCGGCGAAUGGUGCAAUAGUCGAGGGCGACCCUGGAGAAGUGAUCACCUGUCCAUGUGAUACUGCUUGCUAUUCUGAAGUCAGAUACGAUGACGGUUCCGCUGUUCACCGAGGAUGCACCAAGGAUUACCCCGCUUGGGAUGCGGCGUCCUCUAUUGAUCUGUCGUGCAGGGAGAUUGGUCGACAUUUUCUGUGUUUUUGUUAUGGAGAUCGGUGUAACAAGGACGACAUGACGUCACACAUUCCCUGAAAUAAUUAGAAGAUUCGUGCCCACGGAUCUAUGGAGCUCUUCUUGAUGUGUAUAUAUGCAUACAUCUGUGUGUUCGAUGAAAGUAAGAUUUUCA